CGUUCCACUUCAUAAAUACCCGCCACAGAUUCAUCAUUUCAGUAUAUCUCUCCCUCUCUCUCUCUUUCUAGUUCAAAUCAAAUAUUUUAAAGCUAAUCUAUCUGCCGGGUCGAGUUAGCGAUUUUAGCCGUCGUUUCAAACCCUAGAAUCUGCAGGUAAGUCCCGCGCUCGAACUUCUUCUAAAUCCAGUGGACCCUGCUUCAUGGCUUGCACUAUGAAUGGAACUGAGGAACAACAGGAGGAAGGGGAAGAUGUGGCAAGUGCUUCUAGUGAUUCAUGUACAGACAAUGAUUUGGAUGAGGACGAAUUAUCAACAUCUCAAUAUGAUGAUGAAUCUCGUAUUGAGGUACCUUUGACUGAUGAAGAAAUAGACGAGUUAAUUGCUGAGUUUUUGGAAGUUGAGAGUAAGGCAGCAGAGGCGCAAGAAUCACUUGAAAAGGAGUCACUUGCUCAAGUGGAGAGUGAAGUCCGGGCAGAGUUGGUACAGACUUUUCAUGGGGAUGAUUUGGAGAUGGCUGUUACUUCUGAAAUGAGAACUUUCGUAGAACAAUGGGAAGCUGUACUUGAUCAACUAGAGAUGGAGAGUGCCCAUUUGUUGGAACAACUUGAUGGCACUGAUGUUGACCUUUCAAUGCUGUAUAAAGCAAUUGAAAGUCAGGCUCCUAAUGUUUGUUGCACUGAAGCUUGGAAGAAAAGGGUACACUGGGUAGGAUCUCAGGUAACAAGUGAAAUUACUGAAUCAAUAUCAGUUGCAGAGAAAUAUCUGCAAACACACCAACCUGUAAGGAGAAAACGUGGAAAACUUACUGAGGAAGGUGCGAGCGGGUUUCUGUGGAAAAAAAUUGCCAAUGAAAACAAUGUAGAUGGUGUACUGGAAAAUUCAGAGGAUGAGUGGGAAUCUUUCUACAAAACUAUUAAAUCUCAUAAAGCGUCUGUGUCAGAUGAUACUUCAUUUGGUAGCAAGCACUGGGCUGCCGUUUAUUUGGCUGAAACACCAAAGGAAGCUGCAAGCUUGGGACUCAAAUUGCCUGGAGUUGAUGAGGUGGAGGAGAUAAAUGAUGUUGAAAUAAACUCUAGUCAUCCUUUUUAUGCGGCUGCCAUAGCAAAUGAACAGGAAAUAGUUCUUUCUGAAGAACAAAAGAAGAACAUUAAGAAGGUCAAGGAAGAAGAUGAUGCAAACAUUGCACGAAAACAUCAACUACAUUUGAAACAGAGAAGACGGAGAAACAGAUCUAAACAGGAGAUAAUUCAGAAAGAUACUUCAGCAGAUGAGGUGCAGGAAAGCAAUUUGGUUGACUCUGUGCCUUCGAAUGGCUGCUCUCAAGUGGCUUCUGGAGCGUUGGGUUGUGGGAAUGGUCCAGUUGCUCUUAAUGUUGACAAUAGUGAUACUUCGCAAGCUUUGAAGGCUGAGGUGCUUCAAGGUUGUGCGGCUUCUAAUGAGCAUGACAAAGAAAAACUAAUGGGUGAUGGCAAUUUUGCAGUUCUUGCUGAAUCUGUUUCACCUGAUUUAACUGAGACAAGAGUCUCCAAGCGUUUGCAUGAAGAAAUUAACUGCGAGGACAUUGAGAAAAAAAAGAGCCGUACUGUUGUUAUAGAUAGUGAUGAUGAAGUACAUGGGAUGGAGGAUAAAUCUGCUUCUCAUAUUUGUAGUGAGCCUGACGUGAAAACAGAUUCUGCAUUGGAAGCUAAAGAAGAGGUUGAUCUUGUUGAUGCUGAUUCUUCUCCUUUGCGGAUUCCGAAUGGGAUAGAAACUUUGGAGACGUUCCAGUGCACUGCUUGUGCUAAAGUAGUUAGAGCGUGUGAUGUACACUGUCAUCCAAUAUUGAAAGUCAUCAUUUGUGAAAGAUGCAAGAUUAUAUUGAAAGAAAAGAUGCAUGAAAAGCAGGAUCCUGAUUGCUCAGAGUGUUAUUGUGGAUGGUGUGGGAGGUGCAAAGACCUCAUAAGCUGUAAAUCAUGUAAAAUUUUGUUCUGUUCAUCCUGUAUAAAAAGGAAUUUUGGUGAAGAAAAGUUUUCAGAAUCUCAUGACUCUACUUGGCUUUGCUGUUGCUGUUCUCCCAUUCUCUUGAAAAGUUUGACAUUAGAAUGUGAUAAAGCUCUUGGUGCUGGUGGUUUGAUGGUUUCUAGCUCUGAUAGUGGCUCUGAGCUUUCAGAUGUUGAGAUCGGUGUUAAAAUCAGCACAAUGAAAAGACGUAAGAAGAAGAUUAGGAGGAUCCUUGAUGACGCUGAACUUGGAGAAGAAACCAAACGAAAAAUUGCUAUUGAAAAGGAACGUCAAGAGCAUUUGAAGUCAUUGAAAGUACAAUUUACUGCUAAACCAUGGAGUGGGAUUACUGUGAAUUGUGAGGGAAAUGUUCCCGAAGGUACAGACAUUGAAAUGCUUGGCGAUAUGAUAAAUGGUUACAUAGUGAAUGUUGUGAGGGAGAAAGAUGAGGAAGCAGUGAGAAUCCCUCCAAGUAUCUCAGCCAAAUUGAAAGCUCAUCAGAUUGCAGGGAUACGCUUUAUGUGGGAAAAUAUCAUACAGUCAGUCCGAAAAGUAAAAUCUGGGGACAAAGGUCUUGGUUGCAUUCUAGCUCAUACCAUGGGUCUUGGUAAAACUUUUCAGGUCAUAGCUUUUCUUUACACAGCUAUGCGAAGUGUUGACUUAGGUUUGAAAACUGCACUUAUAGUUACACCUGUGAAUGUGCUGCACAAUUGGCGGCGUGAGUUUGUGAAGUGGCAGCCUACUGAACUAAAGCCUCUUCGUGUCUUCAUGCUGGAGGAUGUUCCAAGAGAGAGAAGGUUAGAGUGGCUUGUGAAGUGGAGAGCCAAAGGUGGUGUAUUCUUGAUUGGCUACAGUGCUUUCCGAAACUUAUCCCUUGGGAAGAAUGUGAAGGAUAGGCAUGCUGCUAGAGAGAUAUGUUAUUCCCUGCAGGAUGGACCUGAUAUCCUAGUUUGUGAUGAGGCCCACAUGAUCAAGAACACUAGGGCUGACACCACCCAAGCUCUGAAGCAAGUGAAGUGCCAGAGAAGGAUUGCAUUAACUGGAUCACCUCUACAAAAUAAUCUAAUGGAAUAUUAUUGUAUGGUUGAUUUUGUUAGAGAAGGAUUUCUUGGUAGCAGCCAUGAGUUUAGGAACCGGUUCCAAAAUCCUAUAGAGAAUGGUCAACAUACUAAUUCUACAUCAGUUGAUGUAAAGAUUAUGAACCAGAGGUCACAUAUCCUCUAUGAACAGUUGAAAGGAUUUGUUCAAAGAAUGGAUAUGAACGUUGUGAAGAAGGACUUGCCCCCCAAAACUGUGUUUGUAAUUGCUGUAAAGCUUUCUCCAUUACAAAGGAAGUUGUACAAAAGAUUUCUAGAUGUGCAUGGGUUCACAAAUGACAAGGUUUCUGGUGAGAAAAUAAGGAAGCGUUCCUUUUUUGCUGGAUAUCAGGCAUUAGCUCAGAUAUGGAACCAUCCUGGCCUCUUGCAAAUGGCUAAAGAACACAGAGGCUAUGUAAGACAGGAAGAUGCUGUGGAGAAUUUUUUUGAUGAUGAUAGUUCCAGUGAUGAUAACAUAGACCGCGAAACAGUAGCUGGAGACAAGGUGAGGAGCAAGAAUGACUGCAUGGAUAAGAAAAGUGAUAAUGGCUUUUUUCACGAGGAUUGGUGGAGUGAUUUACUUCAUGAAAAAAACUAUAGAGAAGCUGAUUACAGUGGUAAAAUGGUUUUGCUGCUUGAGAUUCUAUCUAUGAGUUCUGAGGCAGGUGACAAGGCAUUAGUUUUUAGCCAGAGUUUAACAACUCUGGAUCUUAUUGAGUUUUAUCUCUCAAAAUUGGUACGAAAACAUGGAGCUGGAAAGUAUUGGAAGCAAGGAAAGGAUUGGUACAGGCUAGAUGGAAGCACAGAUGGUUCUGAAAGGCAAAAGCUGGUUGAGAAGUUUAAUGAACCCAACAAUACAAGGGUGAAAUGCGUUUUGAUAUCAACUCGAGCUGGAUCUCUGGGAAUCAAUCUUCAUGCUGCUAACCGUGUAAUCAUUGUUGAUGGUUCAUGGAAUCCAACUCAUGAUCUCCAGGCUAUAUAUCGGGUUUGGAGGUAUGGUCAGAAGAAACCAGUAUAUGCCUACCGCUUGAUGGCACAUGGAACAAUGGAAGAGAAAAUAUAUAAACGUCAGGUGACAAAGGAGGGUAUUGCUGCAAGAGUGGUGGAUAGACAGCAAAUACAUAGAACUAUGUCUAAAGAGGAAGUGUUACAUCUAUUUGACUUUGGUGAUGAUGAGAGUUUUGAUUUAGUGAGAGAACAGUGCCAUGGGAAUCUAUCUUCAUCUCAUCAAAAUUCGAGUGGCCAUGUUGGAGGUUCACUGAAGCAGAAGUCGGCUUUUCCAAAUGGAAAUUGUUGUUCAGACAAGUUAAUGGAAAGCUUACUUAGCACACACUAUCCAAGGUGGAUUGUGAAUUACCAUGAGCAUGAGACGCUCUUGCAAGAGAAUGAGGAGGAAAAGCUAUCGAAAGAGGAGCAGGACAUGGCGUGGGAAACAUUCCGGCGUACCAUAGAAUGGGAGGAAGUGCAAAGAGUCUCCUUGGAUGAAUCAACGUAUGAGCGGAAGCUGACAAUGGCUAAAGCAGGUGCUCCUGCACCUGAGAGCAUCAAGUCUUCACAAGCCAUGGGCAGUUCAAGGAAUCGGUUAGUGCAGAGAAAAUGCACCAAUCUUUCACAUUUGUUAACUCUUAGGAGCCAAGGAACUAAAGCUGGUUGCACAACUGUGUGUGGCGAAUGUGCACAGGAGAUCAGCUGGGAGAACCUUGGACGGUAAAUAAGCAAAAGAACCAAACAUCAUAUUAUCAACCAUGCUCAAUGUGCUGUAUGUAAUUGUAAUUAAUCUCUGUACAUUCCAAGUGCUGCAAUUCAGCUGUUCCAUUUUGCAAUUACAAUACUAGGCCUCCAAAAUCCAAAUUUGGUGGUCGGUUUUGCCAUUUA